AUGAAUAUACAGAAUAUUUCACUGGAAUACAGCGCGAAUACUUCAAGUGACUCCACAGACGAUUGCGUCCUUCCGCAGACACAUGGCGUGCUUCUUAUGAUAGUUAAUUCCAUAGCAGCCGUGGUCGGAACCUGUGGAAACAUUAUGGUUUGUAUUGCGGUACUCACGAGCACUCGUCUUCGUCGCAGCUCCAACUUCCUUCUUCUCAGUCUGGCCAUUGCUGAUUUGGUAGUGACGAUGAUCUGCGAGCCUUUGGUAGCUGCUAUAGUCGCUAAGAGAGCGUUUUCCCAUGAUUGUGCAUCCAGCUUGGAGCUUGCUUACGUUAUCGGCUCAAACCUCUCAUGCUCUGCAUCAGUCAUGCACCUGGCAGCCAUCAGUGUGGACCGUUUCCUUGCCGUUGUCUACCCUCUUCGCCACGGACGGAUCAUGAACGGUUCUGGUUUGAAGAUCAUGUUAGGAGUUGUCUGGGUCGUACCUAUCAUUUUCGCUUCAUGCCGCAUUCCAUUCCUUAAGGAGACAUCUUAUCUAGUCUUCGUGAUGUUUGUAAUAAGCUAUGGGUUGAUAAUUAUCUGCUACGCGACCAUCGUGACUUUUCUUGUUAAAGAAAAGCGAAGAAAAAAUAAACUCAGAGCACGACCCACAGUAGUUGUUAAUUCCAAAAUCGAGCGCCGCGUGGCGUCCACACUGGCAGUGGUAAUAGCUAUCUUUACCGCAAGUUGGCUGCCGAUGAUUGUCGUGUUCUUUGCUGCUGGUAAAUCCCUUGUUAAGAUGUAUGGCACUGCUUACAUGUGGAUCCGAUCCUUGGCACUUUCAAAUUCAGCCAUGAACUUCAUCAUCUACAGUGCAAGGAUUCGUGACUUCCGGGAUGCUUACGCUCUAAUAUGCCGAAAGACUCUCCAUUGCUCAUGAUAAUUCGGUCGAUGUAGAGAGUAUCAAGGCUUGGGAUACGAACUAACUUUAAAUGUAAUAGUCAAUCGUUAACUUCUGAGUCAAGACCGGCAAAAAAAAUAAAAUUAACGGAGCGGAAUGCAUCAAGAGGAUGCAAUACAGAAACGUUGUGAAUUUGUGAAUUUCGAGGUUAACACAUAACAGAUAUUCUGAGCCUUGAGAGAUCUAGAGACACUGGUUCUAAAUGUUAUUUCCUUUAGACCUGACAUAAAAAUCGGCGAGGCAAAUGUUGCAGUGUUAGAAAUCUAGAAACAUCGGUCAAUAUUUUAGGUCAAAAUUUGCUAAAGCGGAAGCAAGUCGAAAGUUCCUCGCUAGUUUACACCUGCAUUUGUGUGUGCGGGGUUUUCAAGGUUAAUAUCACACUGGAAAACCAGAAAUGUUACAUAUUAUUUCGUGAUAGGUCGCUUAACAUUUGAUAUGCAAUUUUCAUAACAUUUAGUUUGAACAGCAUUGAAUAAUGCAGUGUAAAGAGCUUCUUUAUUGUAGAGUGUCAUAAACAAUUAGCGGGGUAUAGCGCUCCAUAAAUGUAUUUUAUUUUUUUUUCUAAUUCAAAAGAGAGAUAAAGACAGAUAGAUUAUUAAUCGAAAGUGGCUAUUUAAGGGAAAAAUUGAUUAGAAUGACAAGCGAGUUACGAUAAAUAUCAAGUCAGAGGUAAUCGAGGCUCUAAAUAAUUAGUUUUGCUCUGAGGAAGGGCUGACGCUCGAAGCGUCUGCUUGUAAACUCUUUACGGUGGCCAAUUUACGAUAUUAACUCGUUGAUAAUUCUAAAUAAUCCUGUUAGACUCUCCCACCAACGAAGCACCACAUUUUCCUUAGAAACUUACCUCCUAAAUAAGUUUAUUUAUAGUUUAUGUAAGUAUUUCCGCCUAAGUGACCGUUCAAUAAAGGUGAAGACAGUACAAACAGGCUGUUGGGUU